UUCAUCUCCCAACAACCGCAAUGUCAACAACGAUAACCACAACGGUUGCCGACGCGGGGUACGAGCUGCAGACGUUCCCCUCCGCAGCCCGUGCUCAGUCGGACAAGUCUCGUUCUAUCCGUCUAGUCGCCAGCGAGCCCGCCGUACCCACGCCUGCAACCGCAACCGCAACCGCGACUGCUGUGUCCGAGCCCCCCGGCAGCGGGGACGACAGCCUCACCGCCCGGCAAGCAAGUCUCAAGCUGCUCAGCUGCUGUGUCUGUUUCCUCGUCGCAGGGCUCAACGACGGGAGUCUCGGGGCGCUCCUGCCCUACCUCAUCGGGACGUACAACAUCAGCCCGAGUUUGGUCGGGAUCAUGUAUGGAACGAGUUUUGCUGGAUGGGCACUCGCGGCUGGAGCAUUGCCUUUUACUGUCGCUCUGGUUGGAGCGAGAGGUGCGCUGCUGGUCGGUGCGUGCCUGUACGCGCUCUCCCAACUCGUGCGUAUCUGGACCCCCCCAUUCCCCCUGUUCGCAACAACCUUCUUCCUCGCCUCCCUCGCCCAAGCCUACCAAGACGCGCAAGCAAACACCUUCGUAGCCUCGAUCAAAGCUUCCCACCUCUGGCUCGGGCUCAUUCACGCAAUGUACAGCUUGGGACUGCUCGUCGCUCCCCUUGUGGCGAAUACGAUCGCUGCGCAGCGGGCUGGCCAGUGGGCGCUGUAUUAUUCUGUUCCAUUCGGGAUAGGACUGGUGAAUAUCGCCCUUGUGCUUCUGGCGUUCUUUACGAAGGAAGACAUCCGAAUGAGGAGGAGAGCGGGGAAUACCGAAGCGGGCCAGCAGCCGACGAACGAGAGGUACAAGCAGACGUGGAACGAGAUGAAAGAAACAGUCACGCACCGGUCUGUAUGGCUCAUCAGUCUCUUCUACUUCUUCUAUCUCGGCGCGUCAUUCACCAUCGGCGGCUGGAUCGUCCUAUUCCUCACAGACAUCCGGGGCCUCCCGCUCCAAACAGCGGGCUACAUCCCAACAGGCUACUACUUAGGUACGUUCCUCGGCCGGCUGUUCCUCCCUCACCCAACACAUACCUGGCUCGGGGGCGAACAUUACAUGCUAACCAUCUACUGCCUGCUUAUCCUCUGCCUGCAACUCCUUUCCUGGCUCGUAACCUCGGCAAUAUCCACAUCAGUCGCUAUAUCCCUCAUGGGACUACUCUUCGGCCCCUGGUUCGCAGCAGGCAUGCAAGUUUCAAAACAGGUAAUGCCUCGGAAGAUCCGGCCCAACGCCCUCCCGCUCAUAUUCGUCAUCGCACAGCUCGGAGCGAGCGUUUUCCCAGCUGUGACGGGGGUGAUUGUGGCUAGCAAGGGAGUGGGGGUGUUGCAGCCGAUUGCGCUGGGACUCAUUGUUCUGACUGGCGGGGCAUGGUGGUUCGUACCGACGGCGCCGAGGGAGAGGGAGAGGGAGAGGGAGGCGGAGGCGGGGGAAUGA